AUGUCUUACGCACUAGAGACGAAGAAACGAAAAUUCACCAGGGUCCUGGAAUCAAUAUCGAAACCUUUAACGACCAGUGAUGGCGGAGCAAAGGCCGCCAAGGAUCCUUUGAUGGCCGCCCGAGAGCGUUUAGCGGAUGCGACACAUACGCCUUCGAUCAAGAGGGUUCGUGUUGGGGAUGGCCUUGUCGACAAUCUAACGACCAAGACGACAGUCUCUCGUAUCUUGCGAACAACCUCGAACCCCGCAAGCCUUCGCCCGAACUUUGUUCCUUGGGAUCGUGACCGUUUUCUUGAGAGACUAGAGACGUUUCGACCUGUCACUCGAUGGACUUCACAGCCGGCCCCGAUAAAUGAGGUUGAGUGGGCUAAAAAAGGAUGGUCAUGUACUGACUAUAUGCGAGUGGCAUGUGUCGGUGGCUGUGGUGCCUCGAUAGUUGUGAAACUACCCGAGGAAGUGGACGACUUUGAGGACUUGGAUAGGGAGAAAGUGCAGGAAAGGAAAGACGUCCGACAAAAGGUGGUCGAGGAGUAUCGAAAGUUAUUAUGUGACGGGCACAAGGAGACUUGUUUAUGGCGAACCAAGUCAUGCGACGCGACUAUUCACCGUCUACCACUCACAAACCCUGAUACUGCCAUCAAUGCUUUACGAGAACGCUACUUGAAGAUAUCGAAGACGCGAGAUCAGCUGCCGUCGAAAGAGACUAUUGAGUUACCCGAACAAUUGUCUAUAGAAGAGAUCAUAAGCAUACUACCACCGGAUUUUCUCGAAACUACGAAAGGGGAUUCUACCCAGAAAGGAAAUACAUCAGUUGAGGAAAUAGACUAUAGAUCGUUCGUCUUUGCAUUCUUUGGUUGGGACGUUGUCAAAGAUGGCUCUAGCGGACUGCUUGAAUGCCGUGCUUGCUUCAGGCGUCUAGGUUUAUGGUUGUAUAAACCGAAAGAGGAGGGAAAGGAACCUGUCUAUGACAAGCUGCCGGUUCAUUCAGAGCAUAUGGAUUAUUGCCCGUGGAUAAAUGGAACAGCUCAGAGUGCUACCGCUACUGCAGCAGACAAGCCAGAAGGUCUGUUGUGUGGUUGGCAGAUUCUGGCCCAGGGCAUUCGCACGAAGCAUCGCCGACGGGUAAAGGCAACAAUAACUCCGCGUGAGGCUACACCUGUGGACUCUGAUACUUUAUCUUUGGAUUCAACGGCAACAGAUGAAGCUACUCAAAGGGCUAAGGAUAAGGAGUGGUGGUCAAAGCUACGUCGGGUGCGAGAAGCGUUGCAUGUAAAGGGGCCAAAGAAGAGUAUCUUAGGGGAGAAGUAA